UUUGUAAACAAAACAAUUGAAUAAAGUCGCAGUUCUUUUUAUUCGAGAAAAACCUUUCCACCGCAUCAAAAUGGGUAAAAAACAGCAUCAGAAGGAUAAAAUGUACCUCACGUACACCGAGUGGUCGGAAUUUUACGGAGGACACAAGCGAGACUCGGUGGAAAAUGAACAGAUCAAGUUUAAGCGACUCCCGUUUGAUCACUGCUGCCUUUCGAUGGUUCCCUUCGAGCAUCCGUACUGCGAUAAAGAUGGCAAUGUGUUUGAGCUAUCGGCGAUCGUUGAGUUUUUAAAGAAAUUCAAAGUUAACCCUGUCACGGGUGCUCCGCUGGAUGGAAAAUCCCUGAUCAAGCUAAACUUCACAAAGAAUCACGAAGGGCAGUACCAUUGCCCGACACUGUUCAAGCCCUUCACCAAAAACUCACACAUCGUUGCCAACGGCAAAACGGGCAAUGUGUUUUCCUGGGAAGCGAUUGAACAGCUAAACGUAAAGGCAAAGAACUGGAAGGACUUGCUGGACGAUACACCGUUCCUGCGGAAGGAUCUGAUCACCAUCCAGGAUCCGGGCAGCUUGGAUAAGUUUAACAUAACCGGCUUUCAUCAUAUCAAAAAGAAUUUGCGCGUUCCAACGGAGGAAGAGCUUGCCGAACGGAAGGACCCACAGGGACGGCUUAAAACGAUUUCCGCCGAAACGAAGGACAUUCUCACACAGCUCGAAAAGGAUUAUAAAGCUCCGGAAGUACAGCAAGAAGAACGUCAGGUAGCGGAUAAGUUUAAUGCGGCCCACUACUCUACUGGGGCGGUGGCAGCUUCGUUCACGUCUACCGCUAUGGUGCCCGUAUCGAACCACGAAGCGGCCAUCAUUGACGAUGACAUUGUGCGGUACGAGCGGGUCAAGAAGAAGGGUUAUGUGCGAUUGCUAACGAACUUUGGUGCGCUUAAUCUGGAACUGUACUGUGAGCAGGUGCCGAAGACAUGCGAAAACUUUCUCAAACACUGUCAAAGUGGAUACUACAAUGGGUGUUUGUUCCAUCGAUCCAUACGCAACUUUAUGCUGCAGGGCGGGGAUCCGACGGGAGUCGGAAACGGUGGCACAUCGGCAUGGGGGAAAAAGUUUGCGGAUGAAAUUAAACCGAACCUUUCACAUGCUGGACGUGGCAUACUGUCCAUGGCUAAUUCGGGACCGAACACCAACGGAUCACAAUUCUUCAUCACGUACCGAUCCUGCAAACAUCUGGACGGUAAACAUACCAUCUUCGGUAAGCUGGUCGGUGGACUGGAAGUUCUCACCGAGAUGGAACGCGUCGAAGUGGACAACCGUGAUCGACCGAUCGAAAACAUAUUCAUCCAACGGGCACAAGUGUUUGUCGAUCCUUUCCAAGAAGUUGAUGAGCAGCUGGCCAAGGAACGGGCGGAAGAGCUGGAACGCAUACAACGCGAGCUGGAAGCAAAACGUGACAAAACGGCUGGGAAAAGGGGCAACCAACCGCUAAAAGUAUUUCGGUCUGGUGUGGGAAAAUAUUUGGAUACGAGCGUCACAAAGAUUCUACCCGGUGCUGUAGCCUCUUCUGCAGCAACACCCGGAACGAGUGGUGGAGUCGAAGCGAAAAAGCGAAAAGUUGCUACAGGAACUGAUGGAUUCGGAAACUUCAGUUCAUGGUGA